UUUCGUGUCCAAGGACUGGCCAUCCAAGGAUGAGUGACUCAGAGGGUUUAGUCGGCGCGGCCGCCACCCCGGCCGGCCAGGAUCUCGUUGAUGGCUUCAAGCGGCCGUUGGCGGCAGCACCUCGCCGCAAGCGCUUCCGCAAGACGGUGCUGGACGAGGACAACUACAUCCGUGAGCUGGAGGGCAUCGUCGAGCGGGACUACUUCCCCGACCUGAAGCGGCUGCGCGCUCAGGACGAGUACCUGGCGGCGGUGCAGUGCGGUGACGCCCCGCGACAGCAGGAGCUGCGCGCGCGCUACGGCUCGGGCGCGCGGCCCGACACGGCUCAGUCGUGGUCGACGGAGGCACCGGCCGUCCCGGAGACGCCCACCCCGGGUGGAGCCGUCGACCGGGCCGAAGACGAGCCGGCCCAGCCGCUCUCGCUCAACCAAUACCUGGCCACGCACACCAGCGAGGACAACGAGAGCUUCGGUGAGAUGAUGGCCGAGGCGAGCCGCCGGCACCGCGUGCGCCACCCCUGGCUGUACGCGGCCGAAGCGGCGCACAACGACCGGCAGGCGGCGCUACUGUCGCUGGACGUGCCUUCGCUGGAGGAGCAGGCGGACGGCGGGCCGCGGCCCGGCCAGGUGGCCACUUGGCGCUACCGCUCCGAAAACGACCUUAUGUACGCGCCGCGGGGGUUGGCGCUGACCGCCGAGGACAAGAUCGAGCGGUCCCGCCUCCGUCAGGAGAUCGAUGUGGCCAACACGCGCUUCAAGAGCACGCCCUUCAACGAGGCGGAACAGCGGGCGGAGGUGGGUCGCGCGGCGCAGGUGCAGGCGCGGCGCCGCCUCGGCGGCAAGGUGGAUGUGGACGGCCGUGAGGUGGUGGAGCCGGCCGGCCGUCAGCUUCUGCGCACGCCCUCGCCGGCGCCCGGCGUGGCCGAGUCGCCGCUGAUGACCUGGGGUCAGAUCGACGGCUCGCCCUUCCGCCUGGACGGCGGCGCCACGCCGGCCGCCGCGCCCCCCGCCAGCCCGUUCCGGAUUGUGGCAGCCUCGCGGCGCGAGCAGCUGGCGCUGGCGCUGGCCGAGCGCGCCUCGUCGCGCCACCGCGACAAGAAGGGCCGCGCGCUGGAGGCGGCGCGCCGCCACGUGGCGUCGCCGUCGGCCGCCGCGCUCGACCGGCUCGCGUCGCUGUCGCCGGCGGCGCGGCGGCUGGCGCGCGCCGGCCGCUCCGCCGACCGCGCGCUGCGCGCCUCCUACACGCCGAGCCCGGCGCGGCGGCGGCGGCCGGCGCCAGCCACGCCCACGCCCACGCCACUGACGCCAGCUGCGGCGUCCCCGGCGCCGGCCGCCAGCAUCACUGACAACCUGCUGCAGCUUCCGGCACGGAAGCGGGCGGCCGACUUCUUCACGUGAGCGGUGGUAGCCGUGGUGUGUUUGGCCUACUGUGGCUGUUGUGGUGGGGCAGUCUGUGUUGGCGGCAGCAUUGUCAGCCAGCGUGCUCAGCGGAAGGCCGCAGUCAUGUUCGACGCACGCGCCAUCGGGAUGGUGGUUGUCUAGUAAAAUCCAUGAAGUCAUUAUCUACAAGCCUGCCGUCCGGGCGGGGAUUUAGGUGGCAGCUCAAUCCAAGCUGAAGUCUUAAACAUGACACAUAGAUGGUGCUGGCUGUGCGCGCGGAUAGCACGCAGGGACAGGGUUCUGUUGUGUGUGUGUUCCCCUGCGUAUUGUUUGUUGUGCCUUGUGGAAGGCAUCCUGGCCAUGUGAUGUCCAUUUCAUAGGCGUGUGUACAUAACGUUGGUGUCAAUAUGGUGUCUGGUGCGUACGUCGUCGCCUAAGUGCUUGUUUCAUAAUCGUGGUGUGUGGAAAACUAUCAUGGGCGUCAUCUGAGGCCACGCCAUUGCGAAGAUGGUGGUGAUUAAGGCGUUCAACACAGCCAGCUAUGCUUUGUGAGUGACCUGUCAUGUAAAUU